AUGCCUCCCAAGAAGCAAGUCGUGGAAGAGAAGAUUCUCCUGGGCAGGCCCGGUAACAACCUGAAGAGUGGAAUUGUUGGCCUUGCAAACGUUGGAAAGUCCACUCUCUUCCAGGCCAUCACCAAGUGCAACCUUGGUAACCCUGCCAACUUCCCCUAUGCCACCAUCGACCCCGAGGAGGCUCGCGUCAUCGUCCCCGACGACCGCUAUGACUGGCUUUGCGAAAAGUACAACCCCAAGUCGCGCGUCCCCGCCAACUUGACGGUCUACGAUAUCGCCGGUCUUACCAGAGGUGCCUCCACCGGCGCCGGUCUCGGUAACUCUUUCUUGUCCCACAUUCGCGCCGUCGACGCCAUCUUCCAGGUCGUCCGUUGCUUCGACGAUGCCGAGAUUAUCCACGUCGAGGGUGACGUCAACCCCACUCGUGAUCUCGACAUCAUCAGCGACGAGCUGCGUCUGAAGGAUAUCGAGUUCACCGAGAAGGCGUUGGAGAACCAAAAGAAGAAGACUCGCUCUGGCGGCAAGGGUCUGGAGCACAAGAAGGCCAUGGAGGAGCAGGCCACCAUGGAGAAGAUUCUCCAGCACCUCAAGGACGGCAAUGAAGUCCGAAAGGGCACUUGGGGUCCCAAGGAGGUCGAGGUCAUCAACCCUCUCUUCCUUUUGACUGCCAAGCCUGUCGUCUACCUCGUCAACCUCUCUGAGAAGGACUUCAUUCGCAAGAAGAACAAGAACCUUCCCAAGAUCGUUGAGUGGGUUAAGGAGCACGCCAACGGCGACCCCAUCAUCCCCAUCUCCGUCUCCUUCGAGGAGCGCCUGACCCGCUACGAGACUGAGAAGGAGUCUUUGGAGGAGCAGAAGAACGUCGGUGCCGAGUCGUCUCUGCCCAAGAUCAUUCUGCAGAUGCGUAAGGCCCUGAACCUUGGCAGCUUCUUCACCACUGGUACCGAUGAAGUGCGCCAGUGGACCAUCCGCAACGGCACCAAGGCGCCGCAAGCCGCCGGUGUCAUUCACACGGACUUCGAGAAGACGUUCAUCCAGGCCCUGGUCUACAACUUCAGCACGCUCAAGGAGCUUGGCAGCGAAGCCGAGGUCAAGGCCAAGGGCAAGGUUAUGACGAAGGGCAAGGAUUACGUCGUGGAGGACGGUGACAUUCUGCUCAUUAAGGCCGGUGCGGCCAAGGGCUAA